CCGGCAUGCACCGCGUUGCACUACGCAUGACAAUCAGGCACCUGGCUCCACUGUGCUGAGUGUUGAGAGGCAAGAGGCAGUUGCCAUGGAGCCCGCCUGGCGACAGCAGGGCCGCGGGCGAGGCCGGAGUCAGGAGGCUCAAGUUGAAAGGUCGCGACCCCUGCAGAAGGAGAGAGAGAGGCCAGGCGCUACUACGGGAAGAGGAGUCAGGACGAAGACGGGCUCUGCGCCUGAACCUCCGCAUGGUUUGGCUGUCCAAUCCAAGUUUGAGGAGAUCAGGAAAUCCAACCAGGCUGCUGCUCAGCGAUUGGUCGAGAGCCACUUCAGCUCCUCCUCCUCUGAUGAAGACGACAACAGCAUUGAUGAUGGAGACCACAAGGAAGGAAAGAGAGGGAAGAUCCUGGCGUCCGCCUUCACCACCUACACCGACCAGACAGGCGGGGAUGCCACUGGCCUGCAGAGGACCGGUCAGUACGUCAGCGACCUGUUUCAGUCCGGAGCGCUCACCUGUCUGAUCUGCAUCGCCUCGGUGAAGAGGACACAGGCGGUGUGGAGCUGCUCCAGCUGUUUCUCCCUCUUCCACCUGCCCUGUAUCCAGAAGUGGGCCAAAGACUCGGUCUUCCUCGUCUCCUCAGUCACCGAUGAAGACUUUGGUCAGAAGCAGCACCCGUGGCCCUGUCCAAAGUGCCGUGCAGAGUAUCCACCCAGUGCCACCCCCAACAGGUACACGUGUUACUGUGGGAAGCUUCAGGAUCCUCCAGCUGAUCCGUGGCUGGUUCCUCACUCGUGCGGCUCCAUCUGUCAGAAGGAGCUCAAACCUGCCUGUGGACACACCUGCCUGCUGCUCUGUCACCCCGGCCCCUGCCCUCCAUGUCCAAAGAUGGUGUCGGUGUCUUGUCUGUGUGGCAAAGCACAGCCCCUCCCCCGUCGCUGUAGCAACAAGGCCUGGUCGUGUCAGCAGCCGUGUGGAAAGUUGUUGCUCUGCAAACAGCACAAGUGUUCACAGCCGUGUCACACAGAGUGCGCGCCCUGUCCCAGAGUCAGCGUUCAGAAGUGUGUGUGCGGCAGAGAGAAGGCAGAGAGGCCCUGCGCCAGCCCCCGCUGGACCUGCCAGCAGGUGUGCGGCGCUCCGCUCUCCUGUGGGAACCACACCUGUGAGGAGGUGUGCUGCGAUGGCGACUGUCCUCCAUGUCCUCGCUCCAUCAGCAGGACGUGUCCAUGCGGAAAGACCAAGUCGUCUCUGCCGUGUACAGAGGAAGUGCAGCCAUGCGGCGACACGUGCGAUCGCCGUCUGGCAUGUUUGAAGCACACCUGUUCAAUGAGGUGUCACCGAGGGAGCUGCGAAACCUGCAGACAGGAGGUGGAGAAGGAGUGCAGGUGUGGGCGAUACAGGAAGCAGAUGCCGUGUCAUAAAGAAUACCUGUGUGACUCCAAGUGUCCCAAAACCAGGAACUGUCAGAGACACCAGUGCAGGAGGAAGUGUUGCCCCGGUAACUGUCCCCCCUGCGACCAAAGCUGCGGCCGAACCCUGGGCUGUCGGAACCACAAGUGUCCCUCAGUCUGUCACCAAGGCAGCUGUUAUCCGUGUCCAGAGUCGGUGGAGGUCCGGUGCACGUGCGGCUCGACGGUCCUUGUCGUCCCCUGUGGCCGCGAGAGGACCACCAAACCACCUCGCUGCAAGGAGGCCUGCAGGUGUCCUCCGUCCUGCCACCACCCGACCCGAGAGGCUCACCGCUGCCACCCCGGCACCUGCCCCCCCUGCAAGCAGCCCUGCCUGCUGCCGCUGCCCAGCUGCAGCCACACCUGCCCGCAGCCCUGCCACGACGUGGUGCUGGUCAAGUCCCAGCAGGUUCACUUAGCCGGACCGUGGGAGCAGCCGUCUGAGCCCGCGUUUGUCAAGAAGGCUCUACCCUGCCCGCCAUGCCAAGUCCCCCUACCGACGGCCUGUUUUGGAGAACACGAGGUCAGCCCGGUGCCGUGUCAUCGUCAGGGUCGUUUCUCCUGCAAGCGACCCUGCGGACGACCUCUGACCUGCGGCAACCACUCCUGCAGCAGAGAGUGUCAUCUGGUUAACAGCAAUCCAUGCGAGGUGUGUGAGGAGGGCUGCUCUAAGCCCCGCCCAUCCGGCUGCCCUCACUCCUGCCCCCGCCCCUGUCACCCAGGCGCCUGCCCCCCCUGCAGCCAGAUGAUCCGCCAGCGGUGCCACUGCAAGAUCAGCCUGCUCUACGUGGAGUGCACGAGGUGCUGUGCUCGCUGUCGGCUCAGUUUGCUGUUGAGUGUGACGACAUCUGCAGAGAACAGCAGAAGAAAGUCAGCCAGCUGAAGGAGGCGGAGCAAAGAGCAGCUCAGGAGGAGGAGCAGAGGAAGCUUCAGGAGGAGCUGGAGGCGUUCGAGAAGCGGCAGCAGCGAGGAGGGCGGAGGAACAAGAAGCGGGGUAGAAGGGAGGAGGUGGACGACGAGCGCUCAAAGGCGGCAAGGUGGUGGAGGAGGUGUGCCGCCUUUGCCCUUGUCCCGCUGGGCGGCGCGCUGCUGUCUGCCGCCACCUACUACUACCUGCAGGAGUCGGCCUGAGCAGACGGCGGCGUGCAAGCUUCUGUUUCCUGCCGCCAUUCAGACACUCGCUGCGACUCUUCCCUUGCGAACCUUGUGUUAACCGUAGCAGCAGUGGCUUUAGGUUAGGUUGGAUGGUUAGAACUUUGAACACAGCGCUGCCUCAUGUUUCAGAACAAAAGGAAGUUUCUCCUUUUUCAUUCAGUGAAAAGUUUGAUUGAUUUUUAGUCUGAAAGCAGUGAAGAAAAACGUUAAAAUAGCUGCUUUAAGUGUGACUCUGACGAAAUUGUUGUGAGAGAUGAGCUACGUGUGGUUUGUCACUCCGUCACAUAAAGUAAGACUUUGUGACCAUGGUAACAGGCAUGACUGACUACGUCUGAUCAAAACUUAUGGGAAAGUGAUUUUCCCCUCUGCUACCUACCAAAUAUCUCAACUAUGUGAAAAAAGGUCAAAUUAUUUGGCCUGAUCCUGAUCCAGUGGUUCCCAAACUAAGCAGCACUGCAGUUUAAUAAUGUCCCAUGAGGUUCCAGUGAGCCAGUCCUUUGUUUAUUUGUCUAACAUUACAGAAAUAAACAUGUUUACAAUCUGAUAUAAAUAUAUUUUUGGGUUCUAUAGCGUAACACAUGUACAGAAAUGCAGUAACCAACAAGGUAAUUGAGAGUAUCAAAAACCUGAAACCUGUAAAAAUAACCUACAGUGGAAGAAGGGGGCGGGGCUAAACAGUGUUUGUGGAGUUCCACAUGGCUCUAUCAUAGGUCCUCUACUUUUUAUUCUGGUUUAAAUUAUAUUCUUGUUAAGUAUGCUGUCUUUACCCCUUCAUCACAACUGUAAGGUUGUUGGCUCUUACGAUGUCUCACCUGUUUAAAGGGUUGACGUUUGCGUUAGUGGGUCGUGGUCUCUGUGGGACCUCUAGGCUGUCUUUAUGCUGUUGGAGCCUUUGGAGACUGGGUCUGUUUCGUGGUGGAGGUUUAACUGGGACAGAAAUAAAGAUUUGGGAACCACUGGGUUGGUCUAGUUUCAUCAUCAGUUUCAUGCACACUGACAUGGAGCAGUGUUAGAUCAGGCAGGCCAUGAAGUCAGCUCAUGCCUCACUACACAUCAGUGUGGGGCGAUAUUGAAACUGCAUAUAUUAGCUUCUGUGUCUAGAAGCUGCUUUGUGCCCACCUGCAGACCAGCUCCUGCUGUCCUGCUGGGUGUCUUCACUGAUGUGUGUGCAUGCCUGCACCGAAAGCAUGCACACAUAAAACUGAGGUUGUAGUAGAGAGACUGAUGCUGCAACAACACAUCCUAAUGAUUCCUGUUUUCAUCCUGGUAAACCUCUAAUCAGCCUUUAAUAUUCUCCAUAAUUGUUUUUUAAUGUGUUUCAAGUUCAAAAUGAAAAUAAGAGAUGAACAUUUUGACGCUUAAGUUGUAGUAAUUGAUAUCUUUGGUUCCCUUUUCCUCAUUAAUGUACCUUCAUUAUUCUCCCUAAUGUGUAAUCUUUAUGUUUGUGUAAGUUUAAAGUACAAAAUGAACAACAGGAAGUUUCUGACUGGAAAAAUCUGAAAUAAAUCUAGAGUCAUUUUUGUGAGGAAUCCAUCAGAUACUGGAACUCAACUGUCUAAUAUUCAUGCUGAAACGUUUCAAUUGUUUUGAUUUUGAUUUAAAAAUUUUCUUUCAUAUUUUUCAUUCUUUUUUCUUAAAGACUUAAAAAAUAAAUCGAAAUGAAACAAAAACCCCUGUGUUCAUUUUCCUAAUUGAGCUUUUUUGUAACCUUCAGAAUUCUGUUAGGCAGACCACGCCCACUCUUCAAACUAAUGCUGAAGUAUGAACGCCAGUUCUGCUGUUUCAAAAACAUUCCCGUUAUAAGGAAGUCAACAGGAAAACGCCUCUUGGCUACUCUGUUGUUCAAAGUCAGAUCCACCCCUCGCUCAUCACAUACGGUGUGAAAUCACAGGAAAAACAAACUAAUGGGCUGCGUCACCGUGGUUACACCCAUUUAUGUUUGUAUUAAGCUUCUCAGAGUAAUUAAAACCACCUUCAGCUGC